CUUGGUGGUCCUGGAAUUUGAAUUCAUGAACUUCCAAUUAGUAGCUCAAUAUCUUAACCAUGUAUGUGUAAUGGAACGUGCUACCACUUCCAUUUGUCGCGUCAUGUCAGUUUUCAUUAAUAAGACAAAUUGAUUCACGAAUCAGUUGUCAUACUGUAUAAAAACGUAUACCUUUAGUCUAUACAAUAGUUCUGUAUACAUUUUUUAAACUUUCUUAAGGACACAUGUCAUCUAAGGCCACUUGUUUGCAUGUGUGAAAUUUGCCUUUUAAACUACAUAAUCAAUUACCAAAACACCAAAAGAACAACUCAGACUGAAGACUUUCGGAUCUAUGUCAAGCUCGAAAAUGGAGAAUUCACAGUGGUCUAAUCUUUAUUUAGGGAUAUGCAUUUUCUCACUGCAAUGGAUACUCACCUAUCAGCAAGUUAAUGUGGCCUUACGAGGAAUUGCAACACAGUCUUCUUCAUUCUCUGGCUAUUAUUAUGCUUCUUUUGCUAUUGAUGGCAACAGAGCAUCUGACUUGAGAUUGUCCUCAUGUACACACACAAAUGCUGACAAUAGCCCAUGGUGGAGGGUGAAUUUGUUGGCAAUGUAUGACAUUAGCAAUGUAAUCAUCACUAACAGAGGAGACGCCUGUGCAGAACGGCUAAAUGGUGCUGAGAUCCAUAUUGGAAAUUCCUUAAUCAACAAUGGCAACAACAACCCCAGAUGUGUCGUUAUCCCUAGCAUGCCUGCUGGUGCCUCUGUAAACUACACCUGCAAUAUGCGGGGUCGUUAUGUGAAUGUGAUCAUUCCCAAUGUUAUCCAGUACCUCACGCUCUGUGAAGUGGAAGUCUAUGGGGUUCCAGUCCCUGUAUUUAAGAAGGCAUUUCUGAGAAUAAUGUUUAACAGCAAUGAGGAUCUCAGCAACCCUACCAUGAGGGAAAAAGUUCUUGGAAAGAUCAAAUCUACCAAUGUCCAGCCAUCAAUAUUUCAGAUUCAGUGGACAAAGGAACCAGAACUGGAAACUGAAACUUAAAAAAGUGAAGCAGAAACAUGUCUUAGAUAUGAAGAAGAAGAAGAAGAAGAAGAAGAAGAAGAAGAAGAAGAAGAAGAAGAAGAAGUGGCCAAAGAACAACAGCAACACAAAAAGGAACACAGAAUGUGUGAGGUUUGGGUGUAGCAUAUGGAACUACUGGAUAGCUGAUUAUUUAUAUUUAUUGGUUAGAAGUAUAUAUUUUUUAAUAGGUUAACUUUGAUUCACUGAUUUAUUUUGAAAAUGUAUCAAAUGUAUGUAAAAAUCAUUGUUUUUCUUAUCUGCUAUGUGAAAUGAUUUCUUAAUUUUUGAGUUAAGUAUAAUUAAGCCUAGAUUUAAAUUUAAGAUAAUAGCUUGAUUUUGUGGUAGGAUUAUGCUAGCAUAUUUCGAUGAGUAGAUGACUGGCAGGAACAGUAAGAUUUUCUUUGUAACAUAAUGGGAAGAAAACAAAACUGGAACGCUCAAUGAUCAGGAUUGUUUCUUUCUUUAUUUUUUUUUAAACCUUUUAUUAAUCUAACAAACCAAACAAUCAUCACAUUUUUUAUAGAUUUGAUUAUAUUUGGAAGCAUUAAAAACACAGAAAGUGCUGAAAUCAUCUAAGAAUGAGGUUUUACUCACUGGAAUAAGGUGUGUCCAAUAUAAACUUUGUUCCUUCAUUUCAACACAUUAGAUUUUCUAAAUAUGUAAAGUAUUAGCAAUUAUUUUUGGCCUUUUUAUUAUUUUUUAUGUAAUAUGUACAUUACAUAUACAGACAUAUUCACCACAGUCCAUUUGCUUAAAUAAACAUUUCACAUUGUUAUUAUGAGAGUCUUAUUUAGCAUGCAAGAUAUUCAGUAAUAUUCACUAUUGUUAGUCCAGCUCAAAUCAAAUCACAAAUAUGAGGACUGAUUGUGUCUAAAACAAAAAUACUGACAAUAUUCCAUCUGUUUCAGGAUUGUUUAAUUUAUUCUGCAUUCUGUGUUAUUAGAUACGCAGGAUAAUGUUUCACUCGGGUAUUUUUACUUAUGAUAAAAAUAUCACAAAAAACUUUGACUCACGGUACAACACUAUGCACUCUCAAAUCAAAAGUAUGUGAUUGGGUUUUCGUUGUCGUGUAUCUCCCUGUUUGUGAAUGAAUUCUUAAUACAUAGACAUCAGUAUAACUGACAUGCUGCUGUAUAAUAUCAUAGAAGCUUAACUCAGCACUCAGUAUGAGGACGUUUUUCUAUGCAAAUAUUGACAUGACUAGAUAUUUGAGUCAAGAUACCUUUCCAGGAACAAACUGGUGCAAGAAACCUUACGUUUUUCUGUAACUUUACAUUUAGUAAUAGUCUUAUGAACAGCAGAUGUCGCCACUGCCCCAUGAGAAACAUGAAAUGUCCUGCAAAUGUGUUGGCAUUUUAUGGAGGAUGAUCAUUACAGGAACGCGUCUUGGUUGUUAAAUUAAAUUACAGUAAUGACUUAUGUAAUUACUUACAUACUGUGCGUGCUUCACCAGUGGCACAGCAACUGUGUAGCACAUGCACGCUACUGCGUAUCACGUCGUGCAAUAUGUUACAACAAUAGAUAGAUAGAUAGAUAGAUAGAUAGAUAGAUAGAUAGAUAGAUAGAUAGAUAGAUAGAUAGAUAGAUAGAUAGAUAGAUAAUUUCAAUGAACAGGAAUGCAAUGCAAGAACAGACUUUAGGCCACUUAAUACAUGUCUAAAAUAAUGUCUGAUACAAAUAGCUUGCAUGUAUGUGUUCUAUUUCAAAUCU